AUGGGUGAAGAGGUGGAAGUUUAUGAUCGUUAUGAUUUAAUAUUACGCAUAAGGAUCGCUGAAGCGAUAUCACUAUUUGAUGAUGUGAGGGAGAAUUUUCAACGACUGAUUCAAAAUUAUGGUAAAGAGUUGACUACGCUGGAAAGGAAUGCAUUUGCAGUCUUCUAUAAGCGUUUACUGGAUAAAUUUCGCAAAGAAUACAACCUAUACAUGGAUUUGCAACAACAAAUACCACGACGAGAAAUUCUUAAGCAUCGUAUUUUACGUGAUAACAUGUAUCGAGCGCGUUAUGAAGUGAUUACAAUUUGCAAGGAAGUGAUCGAUAUGAUUGAUAAUAGUAUAUUGGAUACGGAAAAUAUCGAGUUGAAAGUUUACUUUCUAAAACUUCGUGCUGAUUAUUAUCGAUACUGGUCAACCACUGUAAGUAACGAUAGAUUUUAUGAUUUGCAUAAUCGGGCCGAGGAAAGCUAUCAAUUGGCACUUAAAUUAGCAACCAAAAAACUCCGAAGAUUUCAUCCUUUACGUUUAGGUGUAAUGCUCAAUCUGUCCAUACAUUAUUAUAGAGUACCGUAUGAUCGUAUCAAAGCUAUACAAUUAUCAAUGCAAGCAGUUACUGAAGGGAAGUAUUAUGUUGAUUUCGAUCCAGAUAUUCGUACAGCGGUAGAGUUAUUGCAAGAUAAUUUGGAUCUUUGGAUGUCGAAUUUAGGCCCUAGAGAAGUGCAUGAAUUGGAGAUGCUGGAAGGAGCAAGAAAGUGGCAUGGUAAGAAAGCAGCGGUACCAUCCAUACGUUUACUACGUCAUUUAUCUGGUGAACCAAAUCCGAAAUUUGAACCUCCGAUAGUACCACGCAAACGCUAUUUCACUAUGCCUCAAUCACUCAACCACUACUCUUUUUAUGAUGAUGCACCGAAAUAUGAUGCUAACGUUAUAUAUGAACAAAUUUUCAAACCCAAAACACCUUCUUCAACUAAAUUCGAAAGUGCUACUGCUAAAUCAGAUGAUAGCGCAGCUAAAUUGGAAAUUACUCAAACACCACCACAAAUUACUACAUCCAUAACAACUACUUCAUCCACUAUUUUAGCACGAACAGAAUUACAGAUGACCACAACAGUCGAGAAUGAUCCAAAUUUCACAAAAACACCUCAACCUACACUUCCUGAAAUUUCAUUUUACUCUACACCACAAGAAGAAAGCGCGUCAUACAAAGAACACGAAUCGGAUAAAGAGCACGUUCCGGAUCCUUUUGAAGGAAUUCUGCAACCGCUCCUUCUUAGUUCAUGGUCCUCAUCUACAUCAUCCUCGUCCACUACAAUAUCACAGCAGCUUGGCGAAGAUAGUGACGAUGAUAAUGGUCACAUCGAACAGACAGAAUAUCGUCCAUCGAUAUUACAGGUUAGUGAACCACGUGAUAUUCCACAUCCAAAUGAACCUUCACCAACAACAAUAGAACCUAUAAGUGAACUGACGAAGCGACUUCGUAGCUUUGAAUCCAGAAUGCUUGCCAUACGAAACAGACAACUUAGACUGGAAGAGUCAGAAGCAGGCGAGGAAUCAGAAGGUGAACAUGCUGCAACGGAACAAGAAUCAGACGAUGAAGAUGAGCAGCCAGAUGAAGGGAAUGAUUCAGCUGCUAAUAGGGAAUCACGAAUAUCUCCCAAUAUUGUGGCUCCAAUCUCAUCAUUACACAUUGUGACAAGUGAAGUUUCAGCUCCUUUAUACACUCAUAUAACAAGUAAAGUUGGUGUUGUUCGAGAAUUACAAACGCAAUCUCAAAAUAUACCCGCUGAUCGUAUUGGUGACAGUCGCAAUGUUGAAUUACAACAGCAUUUUACAAUUUUUUCAAAACAACCGUCCACUUCUUAUCAAAUUGAUCUCUCCGCUCAACAGCAACAACAACAAAGUAGCUCAGAGACUGAGCAAAUGAAACCUUCUGGAGCAUUUGAACAUCUUGUAUUUUCAGAACCUAAACCACCAACACCACCACCAUCGUCUAAAGCAUAUGAACGUCUUAUAUUUCCGGAUUCUAAGCCACCAACAUCACCACCACUAGUUAUUUUCACACCAUACGGUCCAAAAAUUGCUCAUUUUUCACCAAUUCCAUGGCUUGAAGGAGCAACUGCACCGCUGUCACCUUCUUCAUCAGUUAAAAAAAAACGAGUAACUUUUAGUGAUGAGUGUACCUAUUGGCCCCCUCAAUCAAGAACUCCGUUAAGAACUUUUGCGAGAUUUUCAGGGCAUAGAUUAGGGCAAAGAUCAAGACAGAGAUCAAGUCGUCCACCUCCACCAUCUCUAAGUUUAGUAUCACCUGAACAAUCACCUGAAAGAGGACAACAUAUGCCUCGUUCAUCACGAAAUUACAGCAAUCAACAAGCCGUUGCGAUAUUGCAAUAUGACGCAACUCCUCAUCAAGUCUUUUUUUAUCCGCAACAAGUUUCUGGACAAAAGCAGCAGUUAGGAUAUCAACGACGAAAAUUAGCGCAACGAAAAUUACUUCGGCGCUCUUUUUCAGCUCCUCGUGAAGGUGCUACAUGGCCAAUAUCUUCAUUAGCACGAGAAUCUCCAUAUUUCAUCUACAGCGUUUUACGUCGUGCUUCUGCACCAAGUGGACAAGCCUUUGGUAGGCGAUUUCUUUCAGCACAUUCAAGUGCUGAGGAUUUGUAUGAUGAAGCUGCUGAAAAGGCUUUUCCUGAUCCAUGGGCUCCAAGAGGAGCAAGAACGAUGCGAAAUACCUUUCCUAUUAUACCGUGGUAUCCAAAAGAGGAACCGCGUGUUCCGUGGAUUCCAUUUCAAUGGCCUUAUAGGAGAACAAUCAGAGAAUAA